UCUAAUCUUAACGAUAGGAGCCAUUUUAUUUUAUGUAAAAGCGAAUCGUACUUAUCAAGACGAGACACUAUACGUACGAAAAAUAUCUCGAAAGAAUGAAUCGGCUGCUGAGACUUUCGUCCUACUGAAUCCGAGACAGAUUCAACGUGCGGAAGCAACGAUAAAGGAUUUCCUGGAGAGAUUAAUUGGACCAGUUGUUCAGCCGAUAACGCUGAGAUUGUCGUCUCCCGAUGGAGGCAGUUUACAGAAGACAAUCAGUGAAAUUUGUGUGACUAUACGAACGAAAAUGAUGGAGUUGGCGCAAGCCCUUGGAUUGGUCGUAUCGAUUCGUCAGCACGAGCAGAUGUCAUGGAACUCUACAACCUUGGAUGAUUGGUUUUCCGAGUCUCUGCUUCAAAGUUCGCUUCUACUAUGUGAUCUCUUCAGGGUAGGAGAGGAAAUCUGGUUUACGAUUAAUCAUUAUCUCGACAUGAAUAACGUGACGUUACAAGAAAACGAGGAAUCAUCACCACUCAAGACAACGAAAAGCUUUAAGUUUUUAAGCGCUAUAAAUGACGCAUUCAGUUUCAACGAAAAGUUUCUCAAAUGUUUACUGCCGUCAACAAACAAGGGGAAACGGGCAUCAUCUUUCGAUGUUAAUCGAGUUUUUGCAAAUUUAGCAAAAGGUCCGCCGGAUAGCAUAGUAAAAUCACUGAAGACUGGCUUAAAUCGAGUUUUCGUUCAUAAUGCGCCAAGUAACGAGACGCCUAAUGAACGAUUGCACACCCUGCUUUGUCGUUCAUUGGUGGAAAGGGCCAGUAAUUACAACGAUUGCGUCAAGGAAUUGCGACGUGUCAAAGCUUGCGUGUCAUCAACAAGGCGGGACUCGACCGAAAUAAUGGUUAACCAUACACUUCAUGUUAAACCAUGGUUGACCGCUAUCGAAGACCUAAGUAGCUGCAAGAUUUAUAUUGAUACGGACUCUAGCGCGAGCGUCCGCUGCAAUUUCAAUCGAAGAGUGCCGCGCACGACGGUGCAGCGAAUGAAGUAUAUUUACGAGAACAUUCUGGACCGCCGAAUAUCUCGACGGUCACCUCUUCAUCAUGCCGCGAACGAACUGGGAAACGUGUUUUCUAGGAGUGGAUGGGGAAGACAAUUAACGUACGACGUGUGUCAGUAUUUUGAGAUUUAUCGGGAAGGCCGUAAGAGAUUGAAUCGAAUUUCGAGGCAAGCUGUUAGGGAUAAGACAGCGGCUACGAGGUACAAUAAGAUACAUAAUUCACUGAAAUUAUAUAAAAACGGAGUAUUAAAGAAAACUAUGCUCGCUGUUGUUAACUUUCAUCGUUCCGCUUUGGAGACACAAAGAUUCCUUACUCGCGGUAUCGAAAAUUCUUUCAACGAGAGAAUUCUGUUCCCCAUUAAAAUCCUAAUCUCCUUAGCUGACAUAGUACUUGGACUCAUGACAUUAUUUGGCGGCAGAAAAUUAAAUGACAUUGAGGAUGUCGACUUACCGAUUCCUACCAACGUUCCACUAAUUAACAUGACAGAUUUAGCUAGCGCAGAGACGAGUGACUAUUUUCACGAUAACAAUAGGAAGAUAGCACAUCUUGUGAUACAUCGUGAAAAGGGUUAUAUAAGAAAAAAGACCGAUAAUGCGUUCGAGAAAUUAAUGCAGUCGAUGAAUCGUGCAAGCAGAAUGCAAAACGACAACAGUAAAAGCACUUUAGCGUGUCUUGCGAAUAAUUUACUAUUGGUCACUAUGUUCAUGGAAACUAUUAGUUUUGUCUCUGCAUUGUUUUGCUUGGAAAAGCCUAAAAAUGAGUCCGAGCCUGAAGAAUCUAAGGAAGAUUGGGUUUCACCUAGACGUGACCGUAGAUCAUUAUUUUUAACGGAUUCUGCAGAGAUUGACUCGAUUAAACAAGAUUCUUCGAUGAUGUUUAACGUUUCCGAAGAUAUCAUUAAUGUUUAUAGCGAACAAAAUACAAAUCCUUCAAUUGUCUAUAGAUACGAUGAAAAAAAAUUUAUAAUUUGA